UUUGCCAUGGGAGGUUUAGGUUGGACAUCAGGAAGAAUUUUUUCACAGAAAGGAUGAUUAUAUAUUGGAAUUGGAGAUGAUGGAGUCACCAUCUUUGGAAGUGUUUUAAGGAAAGUCUGGACGUGGCACUUUGUACCAUAGUCUAAUUGGCAUGACGGUGUUCGGUCAUAGGUUGAACUCGAUUUUUUUGUUAAUAAGAAAACAAUUGUUGUAGAAUAAGAUCAUGACUUGUUCUGCAAUGUAAGCAUCUUUAUGUAACACAAAGCAGUAAAAUACACCUAUUUUGCUGUGUGUAGCCAGUUUCUGGAAGUACUGUUUACAGUGUUUUUUUUAUCCUGCCAUCCGAAGGCACUGACAGUGAGGCAGCAGAAUGAAGCUGGAGUGGUGUAGUCGAUUUGCUCUUUGCUCCAAGACAACCAGCCAGACCUUUCUGCUUGGAGGAGUGUUCAUUGCGUUGGGCUCAAGUCGAAUCCUCCUGAUGAAGUAUUCUGCUAAUGAAGAUAACAAGUAUGAUUAUCUUCCUACAACAGUGAACAUGUGUUCUGAAGUAGUAAAACUGGUCCUAUGUGUAAUGUUGGCAUUCUGGAAUAGAAAAAAAGAAAAGGGUUGUAUGGAUCAUCUCUCUGAAUGUUUUUCCUGGAAGAAUGUAUGUAAUUCCAUGAAGUGGUCAAUUCCUGCCUUUCUUUACUUUUUGGAUAACUUGAUUGUCUUCUAUGUACUGUCUUAUCUUCAGCCAGCAAUGGCUGUACUCUUCUCAAAUUUUGUCAUUAUAACAACAGCUCUUCUCUUCAGGAUAGUGUUAAAGCCAUCUAACCACUGCCUUCUCGCUACUGGACCUGAGGAAGCAUGCAUGGAAAAGGGCAACUGCGCAGCACCAAGUUUCCUUCACAGCUUCCAGUGGAAUGUGACCAGCACCAUGGCAGGAGCACUGAAGCCUCUUCGCCUCAGCCUGGGCCAUCUGCUUAUUCUAGUGCAGUGUUUUGUGUCUGCCCUGGCUAACAUCUACAAUGAAAAGAUGCUGAAAGAUGUGGAUCAACUUGGGGAAAGCAUCUUCACACAGAACAGCAAACUCUAUGCUUUUGGGGUGCUAUUCAAUGGGCUCAUGCUGGCAUUGCAGGCUAAGGAUCGGAGGCAGAUAGGGAACUGUGGCUUCUUUUAUGGGCACAACAUCUUCUCCGUGGCUCUUAUAUUUGUCACAGCUUUCCUGGGGCUGUCUGUAGCCUUCAUCUUGAAGUUCCGAGACAACAUGUUCCAUGUAAUGACUGCUCAGAUCAACACUGUCAUCAUCACCACAGUGUCUUUUGUCAUCUUUGACUUCAGGCCUUCUCUAGAGUUCUUUUUGGAAGCUCCUGUAGUGCUUCUCUCCAUAUUCAUUUAUAAUGCCAGUAAAGCAAGAGGUCUGGAAUAUGCCACUCUGCGGGAAAGGGGAAAACUCAUCAAAGGAGAUGCAUGGGAGAGGUCAAGUGGGGAUGGAGAAGAAUUUGAGAGGUUGAACAAACCAAGCAGUGACAUUGAUACAGAUGAAGAUUCCCUCUAGCAUGAGGCUGGCUCAGAGGCGUGCUAUUACUCAAAGUGAGAGAGUUAAUCUUUUAUUAACAUAGGAAAGGGUAAUUUUUCCCCACUGACAGACUAUUUGGAACUGUUUUGGGGCUGGAUGUCAAAUGUGGAUGAGGACAAUAUUCAAGCUGUAUAUAUGGAGAGUUGUAUUCCUUUGUGCCUGUCUCCCAGUCUGGAGAAAUGGAAAUCUGGAAUGCCAUUGUAGCAGCUGGUGAAUUUUAUAUGCAGCUUACGUGACGUAACUUUAAAAGAGCUUGAAUAAAAUACAAGUUUGUUAAACAGUAUGAAUGCAUCAUCUUUUUUGUGUGUGUGUUUAGAAAGGCUUUGUGUAGAGGCUUAGUUUGCACUGAGCACACUACUGAAAACAAGUAUUAUGCAACUACUGUAAUGCCCUUCAACAUCUGGAGCACUGAGAAAGAGAGUGCAGGUGGCAAUAUCAUCUGGUGGUGUUCUACCCUGGCAGACUGAUAAGGUCUUGCAUUCAUUUUGUAGAGAGAGAAGUCAUUCUGCAGAGUGCCAGGCAUAGUGAUCUCAGAAUUUCUGUUGAGGCAUCUGCUGGAUUUUGACUGAGAUGAAAAAUAGCUUCCAAAUUAUUCAGAGAACUUAGAAACAGGCAAGGGAACAGGGAUGCCAAUAAGGGAUUCCUGGUAUGUUUCUAAAGCCUCUUCUCUCUGAGCAGUGGAAAAGAUCUUGGUUUAUAAUUUCCUCCCUUCAAAAAUGUGUCUUUCAUAGUUGAAAGAUACUGUCAGAA